AUUACUUGGAGUGAGUAAGUUGGGGUUAAAUGAGCGGUAGAGCGAGAUUGUGCUCGGGAAGUAAGAGGAAAUGAUAAUAAGUCGAUUAAGAGAUCUUUCUUGCGACCUUGAGGACUACCACGCUCACCGUCUUCUGGCUUUGGAACUUUAUUUACAUUCGCUCCUAUACCCCUACCAUUUUUCAACUGUAUUCGCUCAUGAAAUUUCUCGUCAGUGCAAGGCGAAGGUCAAGGCCAUUUGAGAUAUGCAACAAUCGUGAGGUUUCUUCUCCUUAUCUGUUGUAAUAGGUGCAACGGUUCUCAAUAGUCUGAUGAGGCCUCUCGCUCAAGGUGGUCGCAUCCGAGGCCGGAGUGGAGAAAUGCUUCCUGCACUCCAAGUUGAUGUCCAAUGGCAAUCGGUUUCUGGCGUAGUGUUCAUUCCAGAUAAUUCUUACUUGCAUAAUCUCUUCUAAUUCACUUCAUCCAAGAACAUGGCUUGACCGCGGGCGACUCAAAUGAGACGUGCAACAAAUUCCACGUUUGCGUCUCGCAGACUCAGAUAUCGUAUUAUUUCCACAGAUUAUCCAGACCUUGAGUUUUGGUGUAGCGCUAACGAGCGUUUCCAUUAAUCCGGCUCUCGUUCUGUCUAUAUAUCUUAGAAGCUAGCGAUCCAUGCUUCUCAGUCGGACACAUCUUUGCUUUCACACUGGGUCUAUAAGCAGAUAGAGAGAUGCCGAACACAAGUAUCUGAGAUAUUCUAGUCUCAUUAGAUUAGAUAGCCAUAUCGAAUGGAAAAGACGCUUCGCAAUAUCUAGUACCAAACUAUGGGAAUAAGGAACUGCAUAUACACUACUACCGCUCCUUUCGCCAUUGAUGAAAAAGGACACAAUUCGGGAUUCAAAUACGUGGAUUACGUGUCUCUAGUAACCUAUACAUCGGUCGAAUCAGGACACUCGUUUCAAAAUAUGCGUCGAAAUUUCAUUAGAGACGGCUUUUCUUCAGAGCGAUAUAUAACACAUUGAUGCAGUAUAACGUAACCUGAUGAGAGGAAUGGCAACACAUUGUGUCCCCCUUCUGCGCGUGCGAAUCGAUAGUAUGCUUCUUAGUGGUAUGGAAUCUGUCAAAUUGCAUUGUAUUACCUCAAAAGUUUCUCCCUUAUACCAAUUAUACCUCCCUUUGACAUGCCAGCUUGUCAUCUGACUUCAUCAUCACACCAACUUCCAGCACAAUCUUGCGACCAAUUCCACGUUGGACGAUUCUCAUUUCGAUUUCCCUCUUGCUCUGCCUCUAUUUUCCGCCUACAAGAAGCGAAUGUCCCGGUGUAUUUUUUCUAGCACGAUAACGGGCUUCUUCGCCAAGCCAGUCGUCAUAUGAUAGAGGGUCUGGGUCGUUUUUGCAGAGCUUUCGUUCAGAGCCUCUUGCUCUGCUUUUGUUGCUACCAGUUCUGUGGGCAGACGAUGUGUUGUCACUGAUCUUGUUACUGUGUCUAGGUCCACGAGACUCUUCGCUGCUGCCGGCUCUGGGGGCUCGGCCAGGUGAUCCGGAGUUCUUUGAAGGAUGGAAUCGAACGCCAGAAGCUUUCAGCAUAUUCGCUGUGCUAAAUACUGAUAAUUUUGCUUUGAAACAGACGCUUCGAAGCAGAAAUUGAUCGGGUUGUGAUGGUGGAUACCCACAAUUCCUGUGGCAUUGUCAUUCGGCAAGCGAAUAACCAUGAGAGAAUGAGCGCCUGGAGCAGUAGGAACGCCUACAAUGGCAGCUAAAAAAAAUUGAUACAGUGAACAAACCAUGGAUAUCGUUUGCUUGUGGAGCGAUCAAGGGAAAUACAGGUGACGCCGAAACGUCAAUGAUUUGGUCAUUGGAGUCGAAUUUCGUGAUGGGAACACAGACGGAGUUGCUUUCGCAGAAAUGACAGAGAUGCUUCAGCCAAGAAUUAAGAGGAAAAUCAAGAAAUCCAUGACGUAUCUUUCCUGCUGAGAGAUUCGUGAACAAGGUUUGGGGAGAAGCAGAUCAGGGGCAACAUAACAGUGGAGAAAAAUGGUUGUGGAAAGACAGCUGUUGAGGUUCAUAAAGACAUCUGUAGCAGGACUCGAGCCUGUGGACCUCAGUCAAUCUUAGCUCAUAACUGUCAACUAACUUUAUUUCAGGUGACUAGAAUUCUUGAUGGGUCGAAAAUCAGUCUUUCAAAAUCGGAGAAUAAACCUGUAAAGUUAUCAAAUACGAUGCCAUUGCCCCGAUGUUACAAAAUCAGUUGCAGUGUGGUUCAAUACCAGUGUUUCAUCAAAAUCCAGACGAUCUCAUUGACACACAGAGACUCAAAGCAAAACAGAAACCGAGCUGGCGAUACGUAACUGCAAUGUACAGACUUAUCAAUCAGACAAUGGUAUGGAAUAUUGCGCUGAGGCCCAAAAAUACACCAAGGAUAAGUGUGAAACUUGACGUUCAGCUCCUAUUGACACCGGUGUACUUUACAUGGCUUCCAAGAAUCGCCAACAUAGGUAAUAUUGAAAUCAUCAUUAAACUGGUCCUAUGUUUCAUCCCCGAAGGAAUAGAUGCAUCGACACGUGAAAAUGUCAAUGAGUAG